CAGACAUCCAACACCAGGUAUUCAACAUUCGGGACCUUUUCCUCAUCUGAAUCCCCAACAACAAGAACAAAUACCACCGCACAAACAAAAUGUCUACACCCUGGUGGAUCGUCGGAGCGCUCUCCGGAGCCAGUUCGGUGGCGUUUGGUGCUUUUGGGGCUCAUGGUCUCAAAAGCCGUGGAAUUGCUCCAGAGAAGAUUGCAAGUUGGCAAACUGCUGCUCAUUAUCAGCUCAUCCACUCCGUUGCGCUCCUGAUCGCUGAACAAGCCGCCCCAAAGAAUGUAUGGGCCAAAGGACUCUUUACGGCGGGAAUAAUUGGAUUCUCGGGCUCGAUUUAUGCUUUGGUUUUGAAUAAGGAUUUGAAAUUUUUGGGACCGGUGACGCCCAUCGGCGGACUGUGCUUGAUGGGAGGUUGGUUGGCUUUGGCUUUUGGGUCGAGGGGGAGGGUGAUUUUGUCGUGAUAUGGGAGAGGAGAGAGGACAGAAGCGUACGACCCGUCGCUUUGUCCCGGAGACAGAGGACAGAGGAGAUUGCAACGACUACAGUAUGGCGAAAAUCGUAAGGUACAGGUAGGCUGCUGGUGGGCUUAUAUGAGGUGUGAAAUCGGUACAAGUCUUGCUUACUACUCCUUCCGUCUACACCUCCUUCCUCUCGGCCGCGCUUUGGCACCUUCUCUCGAUCAUCUCGUAGAUGCUGCUCAUUUUCCAGAAGAACUUCCCGUCGAGACCACCACAUCAAGCAGACUGCAGCUGACGACAUCCAUGGCUUUCGUCGCCAUAGGG